AGAAAAGAGGAGAAGCCAGCGGCGCCGGGGAGAAAAAAAAAAAAAAAGGACAACCCUGCUCUUUUCAGGAAAGAGGGCUGAGCCAUGGCAGGAUUCUGGGCCGAGUGAAGAGGACGGAGGAAUCGCGAGCGGGGAAAGUGCUACAAGGACCGGCGAAGCAGGAGGGUCCGCCUGCCUGAUCCAACGGAGGUGAAUAUCCUGAAAGCAGUAUGAGCCAUAAAGGAUCCACAAGCAGCCACCCGGGCUCUGCAAAUGGCAGCAUGGGUAAAGGAGAUGGUGUUGGCAAAAUGAGUGCAAAAGAUUUAUAUGAACAAAGGAAGAAAUACUCCAACUCAAAUAUCAUCAUGCACGAAACAUCUCAAUACCAUGUCCAGCACCUGGCUACCUUCAUCAUGGAUAAAAGUGAGGCCAUUGUAACAGUGGAAGAUGCCGUCAGGAAGCUCAAACAGCUGAACUCCAAAGAGAAGAUCUGGGCGCAGGAAAUGCUGCUGCAGGUGAAUGACAAAUCUAUUCGGCUGUUGGAUUGUGGAACUCAGGAAGAGCUCGAAGACUUCCUUCUGCCAACAGUCCAGCACUGCCAGACUGUCCUGAAUCAGAUGCGAUAUACCUCCAUCCUCCUGCUGGUGUGUCAAGACUCUGAACAGCACAAACCUGACAUUCACUUCUUUAAUUGUGAUGAAGUGGAGGCAGAGAUGGUUCAUGAGGACAUAGAAAGUGCACUUGCUGACCAUAAGUUUGGAAAGAAGAUACGGCCACAGACCCUCAAAGUGAACCAAGAGAAGAUCAAGCAGAGGCAAUCCAUCCUUCCCCCACCUCAAGGGCCUGCACCCAUCCCUUUCCAGGAUGAAAGCAGAGGCUCCCGAAAGAACAACCAGAAUCGUGUGGCCUCUCCUUCCCAGCCAGAAUAUGAUCGACGAAGUAGUAGCUCUCAAGAUUAUGAGGAGUCUCGUGCAGUUUUAGCACAGAAGAUUGAAAAAGAAACGCAAAUACUGAAUUGCACCCUCGAUGAUAUUGAACUUUUCGUUGCGAAGCUUCAAAAAGCAGCAGAAGCAUUCAGGCAACUGAACCAAAGGAAGAAGGGAAAGAAGAACAAGAAGAAAGGGCCAGCAGAGGGAGUUCUGACUCUGCGCGCCAAACCUCCGCAUGAAACUGAGUUUCUUGACUGCUUUCAGAAAAUCAAGCUGGCACUAAAUCUCUUGACCAAACUGAAAAAACAUAUUCAGAAUCCAAGUGCUUCAGAAUUAGUCCAUUUCCUGUUUGGACCACUGGAACUGAUUGUUAACAGCUGUGGAGGCCCUGAAUUUGCAAGGUCUGUCAUCAGUCCACUUCUUUCAAAGGAUACUACAGAUUUCCUGAAAGGCCAUCUAACACCAAAGGAAAUGGCAUUGUGGGAAUCCUUAGGAGAGACUUGGACAAGGUCAAGAGCCGAAUGGCCAAGAGAUGCCAACAUCCCAAGAUAUAUUCCAAAGUUUCACAAUGGAUGGGAGCCACCCCUGGAAAUCUUUCGUGGGGCUCCAUGGGAAAUUGAUAUUGGCCAUCUGCAAGAAGAGCUGUCAUCAUCCAAUGGGUGUCCCAAUCGUCACUUGAAGCCAGUCCAGACUUCAGACCAAAAGCAAGGAGUGGAUGCCUUUGCUCAGCAUGUUACUCAACAUGUACAUAGGAAUUUUGAGGCCCAAGGCAUGGCUCAGUCAAAGAUAUACGCCAAAAUUCUUUAUGAUUUCACUGCUCGAAAUGCAACUGAACUGUCAGUGCUGAAAGAUGAAAUUCUGGAGGUAUUGGAAGAUAACAAACAAUGGUGGAAGCUGAAAAACCGAAGUGGACAGGCUGGUUAUGUUCCAUAUAAUAUCUUAGAUCUGGUGACCCAGGAGGAUUUUGCAGCAAUGGUGCAGGGUAAUCAGAAAUAUCGAGACCUGAGUCCAAGAGCAUCUGGAUCUUCCAGCCCUUCCCAUAAGUUACCUCCUAGCUAUGCUGGAGAGAAAUGGGGAAGUGAAAUGGCAGCCCACAAUUCUUCAGAAGCCAAAGAACAAUUAAUCCAUCACAUGGACGAGGUCAAUGAUGAAUUGCUGAAAAAGAUCACAAAUACAAAAAUCCAACAACCUCAAAGGAAUUUCAGAGUAGAGAAGACCCAGCCGGUUCUUGUGCCCUUAACCUUUGAAUCCAAUGCUGAGGAAGUCAGAGUUUGGCUGGAAGCAAAUUCAUUCAGCAAAGGAACCGUGGAGCAUCUUGGCAUACUGACAGGAGCACAGCUUUUCUCCUUGAACAAAGAAGAAUUGAAAAAAGUAUGCGGAGAAGAAGGUGCCCGGGUAUUUAGCAAAAUCACAGUGCGAAAGUCUUAUCUAGAGAAAAAUAGAGAGAAGUCAGAACUUGAGCAAAUCAUGAAGCAACGCCAAGAGAGGAUUGAUUCUUCUAUUUAAAUUAUUUUGGUUUAUUUCAACUCUAGUCAUAUAUAUUUACUUGCAGGAAAAAGGGAAAAGAGGAAAAAAUAGAACGGAGCACUCUUCAAGUGAGACUGUUGGGACUAUCAAUGUACAUUGCCAUUCAGACCAACUGUUCCUUCAGCAAUGUUGACAAAGGGAACACUAAACUCCCUCACUAAUUUGACAAUGCAUUGGGAAGAAGCUGUAGUAUUGAAUGAAGUAUUAUAUUUUUAUAUUGCUAUAUUUUAUACAUGAUGUUACGUCUAUGAUUUCAGAGCAUGAGGAUGACCAGAAUUCUGCUCUAAGCAAAAGUUGGAUUGAAGCAAAACAACCAAAUCAAUCUAUGCAGUACGUUUUCUCUGUGGCCCAUCAAUGCAUCCAGAACUGGCUGGAAAUACCGUUAGUCAUAAGCCAGCAAAGCCAUGUGCUUUGAAGCCUGCAUGCUUCUAAAUCCUCAGCUAGUUUUGUACGAAACUCAGUACAGUCUGUGUCCAGCAUGUAGUGGGGAAUCUUCUGCAUCAUCUUUGCUACAUACAAAAGCUUAUCAUUAGCAGGCAAGAUGUUUAAAUUUGCCUGCUUUUUUCCUAGAACUAUUGUUUCCCCCCCCCCAGCUGCUUUAAAAAAAAUAUCCAUGCAAUCAAAAAGGGUCUUUGCACUGUAAGAAGUCAGGUUUAUCCAAUGCCAGUUUAAUGUUUAGCUGCUUCAUUCAUAUUGAAAGUGAUAGCAUUCUUUGCUUGCAGGAACACUCGUUUCUUUGUAUAUGUUUUUGUAUGGACUUUGCAGACACACACACAGGCACACACACAGGCAUACACACACGUGUGCACAUCCACACUCAAGACUUGAAUCAACUUGAAUGCUCUGCUCUUGCCCAAGCUUGACCCCACGUACCUCUAUUGUGAUCCUGAAGUGAUCACAUAAGGCAACCCUGAUAUUUCAACAGCAAAUCUAAAUAGUUACAAUAUUCAUAUUGUCCUGUGAAAAAAAAAUGUCAAGGUAUAUAAAAGAGUGCAUAUUGGAACUGUCCCAUACCCACGUAUAUAAAAACUUAUAUUUCUCAUUUAUUAGUAUAAGAAAAUACCUGCAGUUCUACAAUCCAAGCCUGUACAUAUUUAUUCACAUGUUUAGAACCAGAGCCUGAUGGGAAGUGCUCACAGACGGCUCUGACAGUAGAUUCUCUGGCAGAUCUGCAAAUGCAAACCCAGCAAGAUGGAAGAGAGAACAGCAUUUCAUUUGUUUUUCUUCCCCAGACCCAUUUUCUUUUAUGCCUGCUCUCUUUUAAACCAAAGGGAGGCAAUUGUUUUCCACCAAAACUGGUGUAGAUCAAGAUUCAGUUUAGGGCAUGUCAGGCACCCCCAAAAGCCUGUGUGUUCUUGGGGUAUUCCCUGCUUCCAUUUCCCAUAAUAUUGGACUUCAGGUGUUAACAAGCAAGCUUUCACUUUUUUACAGAGGUUGGCAAAGAUUAGAGCUCUCCACUCCAAAGGGAAAUUCAAGAAGUCUCCCAAACACUCUUCCAAAGGAGUAAUCCAAAGAAAUACCAUUUGGAAAUCUAUGUGUGUUUCUUUGUUUUAAUCCAUUAUCACUAACCUGUAUUCAGAUCAAGCUUCAAAAUGAAGGGCUGGAACUAUUCUCAGUAACAUAUGGCAAUUUCAUCAAGGAAAAAGUGGACUGAAAUGAAAGCCAAACAAAUAUAAUCACUUUUGCUGAUUGGCAUGGCCAUAGGAUGUUUUUUUUACUUAAUCUUUUUAAUCCUAGGGAUAGGCCAAAAUUAGCUUUUUUUUUUUUUUUGGUUUGGGCACUCUUUGACUCAUAGGAAGCUUCAGGAUCACCCAAUGAAUAAUGAUUAAUCAAAAUACAAGGAAAAAUCCAACAUAUAAUUCCAAUCUGAUGGGAUUAUUAACAUUCCAAAUGCAUUCAAACUAUGUAAUCUGCUUUAAUCUGCGGAAGGAUACCCAGUAUGUGGUUCAUGAGACAAUUUAUUUUGAUUCCAGGAAAUCCUCUAAUGAAUAUAAACUUUCAUAAAAGCUAAAUGUAUGAGCCGUAUGGAGAGGGAGAAAAUGAAAUAUGAAUAGAGCACAUGGCACCUUAUGUGCUCAAGACACGAUUAAUUAUCUUUUUAUAAUUUUUAAAUUCCAGAACAUGUUGGUUGAAAACUUACAUUUGGUGGCUAUGUUUUCAGUAGGUUGACCAUACGAAGGUUUAGGUGCCGCUUUGUCCUCUAUCUUUUUGCAAAGUGUCCUCUUUGCUUAAUUAGGCAUAAGCCAAAAUCCAAAACCAGUCAUGAUUCUAGUUGCUUUUUUUUCCUGUGUAAAUUAUGUAAUUGGCUGCUUAUACCACCAGUGGAAAGCUACUUACUCAAAAUUGAAAAAUAUGCAAUUGAAGUGGGACUACAGAUUUACGACAAUUGCUGUAGUCAGUAUUGGUGAACACAACUCCGUUCAAACUGCAAAUCAGUAUAUAUGACAUUAGCUGCUAAAACUUCAUUUACAUACAUUUUGGGUCUGAAAAUAUAUAAAUCUUGAAGAAACUGGUAAACAUGGACUGUGUCUGGUAUAUAUAUCACUUAUUCCAAAAAAUGUAUAUUAUUCUGCAUAUCUGGAAAAAUUUGCAAAACCAAGCCUUUAAAGAAUGCAUACUUAGUUGCUUAGUGCUGGCUGUGGAAUUCUGGGAGUUGAAGUCCACAUGCCUUAAAAUGGUCAAGGUUGAGAAACACUGCGUCUAUCUACUAUUAUUUGUACAUUAGCCACAACGGCUUAUCUGUACAUAACUAUGUAGACAAGAUUCUUAGCAAAGGUGAAAACAAAAAGCUUUUGUGGAGAUAUUGCUAAAUAAUCACAUUAAAUAUUUUAAAGGUAGUGAUGCAGAGAUAAUUUAAUCACACUUUAAAAUCAGAAAAAAAUAUGUAUUAUAUGUGAAGCUGACAAAUAUAUAAGCAGCAGCAGAUGCACUUACUUAUAAACCAGAUAUAGAGCAGGCAUAUCCGCUUAUCAUAUGGAAUAUUAAUAAUAAAGCCAAAGAAAGUAAUAUAGAUAUUGAGAACUCCUAAUAAAUGGCUAUGUUCUCACUUUUAAAUAUACAUUAAUAACUGUAGAUUUAAAUUCACUAAAGAUACAUGAUUAUCACCAUUAAGGAACAAUUGCCGGACAGAGGAAGAAAUCAAAGUAACAGUGUAUUGCCUACCAGUAUGUUUAUGGUAGGACUGAAGUGACAUUAUCCUGUCUUUCAUUUGACUUUUUACAACUCUGAAAACAUCUUUUCUCUUAACUGAAGUGAAAUAAUUUCUCUGGCUCAUAUUUUCUACUGAUAUGUCAGAACAGAAGGGGUUUGGAUCCUCUAAAUCCACAGCCCGUCCUGACAUGUUUGACUUUUCUCUAUCUGAAGGCAUUAGAGCAGUGGUUCUCAACCUUUCUAAUGCCGCGACCCCAUAAUACAGUUCCCCAUGUUGUGGUGACCCCCAACCACUUAUACAUCACCGGGUGCCAGGGACGUGAUCAAAGAAAAGGGGGGGGGAAAUGGCGGACAGCCUUGUUUGGCGACCCCCAUGAAAUGGUCGUUCGACCCCAAAUGGGGUCCCGACCCACAGGUUGAGAACCACUGCAUUAGAGUAUAAAUAAUACUUUUCUGCAGGAGUCAAUAGGAAGCGUGGGAGACUGAAUCUCCUCCUAUUUGGAGCAAUCACUUUCGUCUCUGCCAUUGGAGAAGGACCGCCAAACAUACUCUAUGGCAGAUGUAGUUGCAAGACUCUCCUAUAUCACAUUAAUGGAGCAACCACAAUCCUAAUUGCAUCAUCAGCCCCAGAAAACUGCGGUAGAGAAACUAAUCUUUGUCUUGAUUUAUUUGGAAGUAUUUGAAGCAUAUCAAAUUGAGUAUAUACUUAUCUCUGAAGAUAUGGCUAACCAAAGAUGCUUUCAUUAGUGUUGCUGACUUGUCUAUAUGUACUAUAAAUGGCAAAUUGGUUGAAAAUUAAUAUUAAUUUUAAAAUGUAUCCUUAUGUAAAAUAUGAAUGGAAAUGUUAAUGCUUUGCUUAACUGUACCUAUGCUUCAUUUAUUGCACAAUUUGCAUGAUUUCAACCAAAAAUGGGAAAUUUAGAUUUUUAAUAUGUGUCCUCUCUUGCGUAUUAAAACUAUCUACCAGCACUGUUCUACCUGGA